AUGUCUGACGAACGUUCAGUGAAAAAAGCUGAAAAACACAAGCUAUCUGAUCCACUUGACGAUGUAGCUUGGAAAAUUAUGCGAAAGAUGGGUUAUGAACAUGGUCAAGGAUUGGGUAUUAAUGCUCACGGUGUAGUUGAACCGGUUGCGAUGAGUAAACAAAAAGGCAGAAGUGGUCUCGGUUCAGUAAGAACAACAUCGUCAUCUGAUAAAAAGAUUGAAUCAUUCUCAGGCGAACUCUAUCAAUCUUCCAAUCCAAAUUUAGUCUGGCAUGAAGGCUGCGAUGAUGAUUAUACUACAGCUGAUGGAGAUCGUACGUGGUCAUGGUCAAUGGAAGGCGGACGUUCUACUCAUUCCUUAUUGGAAUUGAAUUCUCUAAUCAUCAGUCCCGAUGAACCGGAGGCUUUAGGUCCACCUAUUGAAGAGUUGGAUAAUGAAGAUAAAUUCUGCUCGAUUAAUCUUGUUCAAGAAGUUUUAAAUUAUAAGAAUCAGUUGGAUUAUUUAUCAAAAUUGAAUGUCACUAAAAGUCAUGAACGUUGUAAUCCAUAUGAAUUGAUAAAGAAGGGGAUUUUUAUGAACAGAGCUGCAAUGAAAAUGGCCAACAUUGAUUCAAUCUUUAAUGGAAUGUUCACAACUGCUGCUCCAAAAGAUGAUGUAUUAUAUUUUGCUGAUAUAUGUGCUGGUCCUGGAGGUUUCUCAGAAUAUACUUUAUGGCGACGAUGUAAUGCUCCAUAUCAUAUUCACUCAUCAAGUGAAUCGAAACGGCUUAACAAUACACUCAGUCCUAAUCAUCAUUCCAAUAUCAAUGAUAAACUACUAGAUGAUACUACUGAAUCUGUCAAUCAUAACAGUCCUACUAAUAAUACUAGUACUACUUCAGAGAAACAACAACCAUUACUGUCUGCUAAAGGAUUUGGUUUAACAUUAACCGGUCAUUGUGAUUUUCGUGAAAAUGAUUUCUUGGCUGGUCCAAAAGAAGCUUUUAUGGCACAUUAUGGACCAGGACGUGAUGGGGAUGUUACAAAAUGGUCGAAUUUAGCGUCAUUCGCAUCACUUAUUGGUCGUAGUACAAAUAAUGCUGGUGUACAUAUUCUAAUGGCAGAUGGAGGUUUCGAUGUAUCUAGUCAGUAUAAUCUUCAAGAGGUUAUGUCUAAGCAAUUGUACUUAUGUCAGUGUUUAUGUGCAUUAAUCAACCUUAGACCAGGUGGACAUUUUUUAACAAAAUUAUUUGAUACAUUCACUGAAUUCACAAUUGGUAUAAUUUAUUUGAUGGGUUAUUUAUUUGAAGAGAUUUUCAUUGUAAAACCUGUAACUAGUCGACCAGCUAAUUCGGAACGUUAUUUAGUAUGCAAAAAUUUACGAUCAUCUUUAAACACAAUGGCUGGUUGUGUACCUGCUCCCAAAUCAUCAUCAUCAUCAUCCAUGACAAGUCAUUCGGAUUCCACUGAUCAAAAGUCAAGUUUCCGACAGAAGACACGUAAAUUUCCAGGUCAACAACAACAAACAACCACCACAAAUGGUAUUGUUGUUGAUGAUGUGGAAGCCAGUAAGAAGUUUGGCAUUCUAACCGAUAUGAAACAAUCUGGUUCACUUGGUCUAGUGAUCAAUCAUUUUUUACAAGUUAAUGAAAAGUUAAAUCAAAUUAAAACAAACCAAUCAGUGUCGUCAUCAUCAUCGUCAAUCAAUCCAAAAUUGGAUGUAUUAAGAAUAUGUCACACUAAAAUAAUUGAACAAGAUGAAAAAUUUAUGCAAUUUAUUCAGGGGAUGAAUGAAGAUUUUGCUAAACAUCAAUGUAUCGCUUUGUCAAAACUAUUAGCAUUCUCUCAAGACCACAGUCUUGUUGAAAAAAGACAAGAUGAAUUGUAUAGAACAUGUUUAGAAAAAUGGAAGAUUCCAAUAACAGAACGUCGACCUGUCCCUUGGCCUUUAUUAUCCGCUAAUCGUUCACCAAUUAUUCGUCGUUUAUUAGGUGAUAGCGAAAAUUUCACAUCACUCAAUACGUUACCAUCAGAAUAUCGUGCAAAUAUACGUCUUACACCAUUCACUAAUGCAAAUUUAAAUAGUUUAGAUAUUUUAUAUCAUAGUCGAAUUGCUUUAGUAUGCGGUAAUCCGUCGAUUACAUCAACUUCUGAACCAGCUCAAACAAUGUUCAUUUAUUCACAUGGAUCUGCAGUUACGGAUACUUAUUGCACUGUUGAUGGAGAUCAAUGGAAUAGAUUAGAUCAAGUGAUACCUAGACUAAACCCACGACUUCCACCUAGUACCUUAAUUUGGGGCCAACCAUUUUAUGAAUAUGCUGUGAAGAAUGGUUUACGAAAACACGGUUUAUUUAUAUAUGAUGUUGUGUGUAUCUACGGUCGAGAUUGUCGUAAAUUACCAUACAGGAAAAGAAUGGAAUUAGCUGAACAAAUGACAAAUAUAAUUAAUUUUCCAGAUAUGACUUCAUCCAAUGUUCGUGUACCACCAUUUCUAAAAUUGUCAGAAAUAGUUGAUUAUUUGAAAAAACUACCUCUUCUACCGUGUAAGGAUUCACCAACACUUGUACCAAUGCAUUGUUUACCCGAUGGUUUUACAUUUCAACCACAUUCUUUGUUAUUAGUACAACAUAUGACAGAUAAUUGGACUGAAGAGAUUAGUAGGAGUACUGGAAAGGUGUAUUACUUUAACCGAGUGAAAUCUGAAUCCACCUUCGAUUUACCAGAAAGUGAACACUUAUCAUUCACGUGAGUACACUGUUUUGAGUACUUUUCGCAGUAAUAUAACUCAGCGUAAUUACAAAGUACCAAUUUGUAUAGUCCGGGUCUUUGAAGUACUCUAUUUUCAUGGGGUUUGAACUGUCGACCAAGUGAUUGAAAGUCGCAUGCCUUAAUGAUCUCAAUUGUUUCAUUUACCUACUGCUCCGAUAGUGGUUUUUCGACAAUUAUAUCGCACAUGUUUGAUUAGCCAGGUAUUUAUCGUUGUUGUUCACACUUGAAGUGUGACAGAAAAACAAGAAACGUAAAUAGGUUUCUUGGUUUUGAAGUAUUGGAGCUCCUAAAUAAUUUACUACAUAAGUGCUUUUAGACUGUGUUCUAGAAUACUGAUUCGAUUGAUAGUGGAAAGAGUCUCCACUCUUCAAAUCAAAUGGUUUGUAUUUAGCCGCUCGUUUAUAGCAUCCUCAAUGGAAGUCUUACAACUCUGCAAAGAUGAACUGGGUUGGUGACUACGGAGAGUUUAUCUGCAGGAUUUGUAAGAAACUGGUUUGAAACUAAUGGUUCAUAUGUGUUUCGACAUUUUGAGGAAACCAAUGUACGAAUCUUUUUUUUGGUUUACCAGAUACCACAAGAUUGAAUCUCCUGUGGUUGCUUCAUUGUUUUUCUUUUUCGAUUGAACGUUUUUGUCAAAAGCUCUCUUAGUGUCGUCAAAGGAAAUCACUUGCUUUGUAAUAUCAAGUCCUCCCUCCUCCUCAGUUUAUGAUUAUUUCUAGAUUAACUGACUAAAUACUCAAGCUAUAACUGAAUAUCUAGUAUCAUUUUUAUAGAUGCUUCUGAUCUCUAUGAAAACACUAAACCUACUAGUAUAGCUUCUUUUACCUUCCGAAUUCGUUCACUGUCUUGGGUUUCAAAUAUUGCAGUCAGUCAGUAAGAACGUAGAGCUUCGUACGUAUGUACAUCAGUUCGAGUUGCCAUACCACAUUAACACACAGAUAUAAUUGUCGAAUCAAAUCCCAUAGUGGUAAAUAUAGUAAGUGUAUUAGCAGUAAUCGGAGACAUUAAGGUUUGAAGAUGUUAUUCAAGAAGUAUAAUUCAGUGAAACAAAUUUGGAAGGAGAAAAAAGAAAGGGACAUCAAGAAUUCAUAAGAUUAGAAUUUGGGAGAACACAAAGAGUGGAUGCACCUGCGCCAUUG